AUUUCUCAAUCAUAAUGCGAAACUCUAGGCAAGCCCCACUGCCCCCACAUACCGGAUAUACCUACACAGAGCGGAAUGGGAAGAACGUACAGCCGAAGGGAAAGAAAAAUACUUAACCAUUGCAAAGGUAUGGAAUUGAGCUUCUUUUCUUCUCCACCCUUAUCUACUUUCUUCAGACCUCACUCUCGUUUUUUUUAACUUCUUUCUUUAAGCAACUCCAUUCAUUCAUUUGACUUUCCUUUCAGCAAGAUGUUCUCCGUCAAGUCUCUCGCCAGUGUCUUGGCCAUUUCUGGUUUAUCUAGUGCUGCUGUCAUGCACAAGCGCGCUGAUGGCAUCACUCUCUAUGCCUACGGCUCCGAUAUCAUGGCCAACUCCAUCUACUACAAAAAUGGUAGGUUUCAAGUUGUAAAGCUUUAGAGACAACAUUGUUAACCUAGAUGACAGGCCUUGCAUUCUUCGGCCACGGCAACACCACCCAGGAUGGUCAAACUGUCAUCACCUUCAAGACCACGGAUGACACCUCGGUCCCAUGGACUAUUGUCCCUACCUCGCCCUCUGUCACAUUCCCUGAGCCUCCAGCCUUGUACAUCAACCCUAGCGAGGGUAGCUUCCAGCAAGUCGGCUUCGCACCAAACUCCAAUGUCCCAAUUGGAGGCGUUACUUCUGGGUUCAGAUUCUUCGGGAAAAGCGUUGCAUAUGAAUCCACUUCAACUGAUAUCCAACUUCAGUUCUACGGUAAAGCCACCGAGGCUGAUGGUGUUUUCGCCUUGUACUGGAACGCCAACAUCACUGGUUCCAACCCUGAUGCCUUCCCUGUCCAAGUCAAGAGCACUCCACCAAACGUUCCUGCUACGGCCAUUGGUGCAAGCAUGCCUAUUGCCAAGCCAAAGGGAUCCGCAUAAGCUGUCUAAGCUGCCCAAUAGGGAAUCUCGAACGACACGAUUUCUUUUUAAUGGUCGAAUCCUGGAUUAGCGCUCUGAUGUUAAUUAAUUAUGUACAUGUUGGACGCGGAUUAUGAGCGGGCUUGGAAGGAAUUUCUUUUGGUGAAUGGGUUCCUUCGCGUAACAUAGAUGGUUAUUGUCUCUUCUUGUUGAUUGACUUUUUGUUUUUUGGUUAGAAGUAUUACUAUCAUUUUGAAUGCAAGUUGAUAAUCUGAGGGUAAAAAUGGGUCUUGAAUCAAAAGUGAUACAAUCAAUUUGGACGAUGGUGAUAUAGGUGAGUGAAUAUGAGUCCAUCGAUAGUCAACCAACAAAUUGGACAACGCGCAAUCUAGCUUAGAAUUACUAAGACUAUGGCCAGGGAAGAUUUGUAAAACCGAGAAUCUGGUUACUCAAUCCUCUUGAUAAUU